CACACAUAGGAGGAGAGAACCGGUCUGAUGCUGCCUGACUCGGCUCUACUCCUGAGGACCAUUCAUGGAGGAGGAGGCCCAGCACCUCCCAGCACCCUGAGCCUACACUCAUCAACUGAGACCAACUAACUGCCUGUCAGUGUGCCGAGAUCCUCCUAGAAACAGGUAGAGGUGUCUUCUUGGGAUCGGUUGAUCUUGCGUCCUGCGCCCAGCUUUCAGGAUGGGUUCCCUGUUCCGCAGUGAAGAGAUGUGCCUGACGCAGCUGAUCCUACAGGUGGAGGCCGGGUACUGCUGCAUCGCUGAACUGGGCGAGCUGGGCCUGGUGCAGUUUCGGGAUCUAAAUGCAUCGGUGAAUAAUUUCCAGAGGCGGUUUGUGAAUGAAGUGCGCAGAUGUGAGGGGAUGGAGAGAAUCCUGCGUUUCCUGGAGUGUGAAAUGCAGAAUGACAAGAUUGUAAUCCCAACCUCGGAUAAGCCCCCGCAGACCCCUCUGCCCCGAGAGAUGAUAGACCUGGAGACCGUUCUGGAGAAGCUGGAGGGGGAGCUGCAAGAGGUGAACCGAAACCAGCAAACCCUGAAACAGAACUUCCUGGAGCUGACAGAACUCAAACAUCUCCUGAAGAAGACUCAGGAUUUCUUCGAGGCAGAAGCCAAUUUACCAGAUGAUUUCUUCAAUGAAGACACCAGCAGCCUUUUGGAGCUCCGAACCAUCCCUACCGCAGCUGCUGCUGGCAAACUUGGGUUCACCGCCGGGGUGAUCGGGAGGGAGAGGAUGGCCGCCUUUGAGAGACUGCUGUGGAGGGUCUGCAGGGGGAAUAUUUACCUGAAAUAUAGUGAGCUGGACACCACGCUGGAGGACCCCGUCACUAGAGAAGAGGUGAAGAAAAACGUUUUCAUCAUCUUCUACCAGGGAGAGCAGCUCAAACAGAAAAUAAAGAAGAUUUGUGAGGGUUUCAAAGCCACAGUCUAUCCUUGCCCAGAGACUGCCAGUGAGCGAAGAGACAUGGCUGCUGAUGUAAAUACUAGGAUUGAAGAUUUAAAUGCGGUUAUCACCCAAACUGAUUCUCAUCACCAGCGUGUCCUGCUGGAAGCAGGCCAGAAUCUCAGCAACUGGUCUGUUAAAGUGAAGAAAAUGAAGGCAGUGUAUCAUGUACUAAACCUGUGCAACAUUGACGUCACCCAGCAGUGUGUCAUUGCUGAAAUCUGGUGCCCUGUAGCUGACAAGGAGCGCAUCAAACGGUCAUUGCACCUUGGCAUGGAACGCAGCGGUUCCACAAUUGCUCCCAUUCUUACCAACAUUCCCACCACUAUAGAGCCUCCGACCUUCAACCGCAUUAACAAAUUCACUUCCGGAUUUCAGAACAUUGUCGAUGCCUACGGAGUUGGGAACUACAGAGAGAUGAACCCAACCCCCUACACCAUCAUCACCUUCCCCUUCCUCUUCGCGGUCAUGUUCGGUGAUUGCGGUCACGGCCUGGUUAUGCUCGGAUUUGCAGCCUGGAUGAUUUGGAAAGAGAAACAGCUUCUGGCCUCUAAAGUUGACAAUGAGAUCUGGAACACAUUUUUCGGAGGGCGAUACCUGAUCUUCCUGAUGAGUAUUUUUUCCAUUUACACUGGCUUCAUCUAUAAUGACUGCUUCUCCAAAUCCUUUAACAUGUUUGGCUCUUCCUGGUCUGUUCGACCCAUGUUCACCAAAGGCAACUGGUCAAUUGAUCUGCUCCAUCAUACAACUGACCUAGAGCUAGACCCAGCAGUGCCUGGGGUCUUCUCUGGGAACCCCUAUCCCUUCGGCAUCGACCCGAUUUGGAAUAUUGCCAAGAACAAGCUGACCUUUCUAAAUUCCUACAAGAUGAAGAUGUCUGUAGUUAUAGGGAUCACUCAGAUGUUGUUCGGUGUCAUGCUCAGCCUCGUAAAUCACAUAAACUUCAAGAGUCGCAUGAACAUCAUCCUACAGUUUGUCCCGGAGAUCAUUUUCAUCCUUUGCCUCUUUGGGUACCUGGUCUUCAUGGUCAUCUUCAAAUGGUGUACAUACAAUGCGUAUAACUCAAAUAUUGCUCCCAGCAUUCUAAUCCACUUCAUUAAUAUGUUCCUCUUCAACUACAAUGACCCGACCAAUCCUCCACUCUAUGAGCAUCAGAAAGAGGUACAGAGUUUCCUGGUGAUAUUUGCAUUGAUUGCUGUUCCCUGGAUGUUGCUGAUUAAACCAUUCGUCCUCCGAGCCAAUCACCUGAAGGCCCAGCGCCAGCUUCAGUCUUCUUCCGCCCCUGAGGAUGAUCUGGAAAUCGCAGACCUGGAGAACUCGCAGUCCAAUCACUCCAAGGUAGAAAAGAAGGAGGAGCACGAAGGAGGUCAUGGAGGAGGACAUGGGGAGCAUGGAGAAGAGUUCGAUUUUGGAGACAUCUUUGUCCAUCAAGCCAUCCACACUAUAGAGUACUGCCUGGGCUGCAUCUCCAAUACUGCAUCCUAUCUGCGCUUGUGGGCGCUCAGCCUGGCACACGCACAGCUUUCUGAGGUCCUGUGGACGAUGGUGAUGCACAUUGGCCUCUCUAGCACCGCCUAUAGCGGUCUUAUUGGCGUUUUCAUCAUUUUUGCCGUUUUUGCUGUUUUGACUAUAGCUAUUCUGCUAAUCAUGGAGGGGCUCUCUGCCUUCCUGCACGCUCUCCGUCUCCACUGGGUGGAGUUCCAGAACAAGUUCUACCACGGAGCAGGUUAUCUAUUCACUCCGUUCUCCUUCCAGCGCAUCCUUGAUGGAACAGCAGAAGAAUAAGUUUUGGAUCUCCCUGUGCAAUAACCUGAACCAAUGGCUGACAAAAAACAUGCCUUAAAGGAUCACUAAAGGAAAAUAUUUUUUUAGCUAAAUAGCUUCCUUUACCUUACUGCAGUACUGG